UUAUAUAAAUUUUAUCCUCAGACCUCCAUCUUUUUCGGUUCCUUGUGGUCCGUUGAGUCCUUUUGCCGGAAAACUCCUCAGUCCUUCGUCUCCAGCUCGACCUGCUGAAAUGGCCAACCCCAAAGUUUUCUUCGACAUCACCGUUAACGACUCGCCCGUGGGCCGGAUCGUGAUGGAGCUCCGUGCUGAUGUGGUGCCCAAGACUGCUGAGAACUUCCGCGCCCUCUGCACCGGGGAGAAGGGAUUCGGCUACAAGGGAUCCAGCUUCCACCGCGUCAUCCCACAGUUUAUGUGCCAGGGCGGCGAUUUCACAAACCACAACGGAACCGGAGGAAAGUCCAUCUAUGGCAACAAGUUCGCAGAUGAGAACUUCAGCCUGACACACACCGGCCCCGGCAUCCUGUCCAUGGCCAACGCCGGCCCCAACACCAACGGGUCCCAGUUCUUCAUCUGCACCGAAAAGACGGCAUGGCUGGAUGGGAAGCACGUGGUGUUCGGCAGCGUGGUCGAGGGGCUGGACGUGGUGAAGAAGAUGGAGUCCUACGGCACCAGCAGUGGGAAACCCAAGGGCAAGGUUAUCAUCGCCAACUGCGGGCAGCUCUGAGCUCACCGCCCUUCCUGGCCGCCCGCCCUGUAGCUGCUCCCUGUUUAGGCUCCACCCCUCCACCAUUCAACAUUCCUAUUGAUGGAGAUCCACCUGCUCCCCCUCUGCCCCGCCCCCUUUUUUAUUCUGUUAAAUCAUGUUGCUGCAUUUGUGACUUUGCCUUUUGGAAGUUUCUUUUGCAUUAACGUUUUUCCACAAAGUCUUGACGGUUUUUCGUUAAAUCAAAGAGAAUAAAACAAACGAUGCCUUGACAAUUGAAA